AUGGCCUCGUCAGGCUCUCUCCUUCCCACCCUGCUGGCGUUGCUCCUGCUCCAGGUCGCCGCCACUGCGUCGGCGGCGACUACGACGAAUUUCGUCCGGGCGGCCGACCUCGCCGAGCGGCUGGAGGGAGCGGUGACGCGGAAGUGCUGGGAGGCGCUGCUGGACAUCAGGUCGUGCACGGGGGAGAUCAUCCUCUUCUUCCUCAACGGCGAGGCGUACCUGGGGCCCGGCUGCUGCCGCGCCAUCCGCGUCAUCGAGCAGCGCUGCUGGGCCGCCGACCUCAUGCUGUCCGUCAUCGGGUUCACCCCGGAGGAGGGGGACAUGCUCAAGGGCUACUGCGACGCGGGCGACGACGACAACGGGCCUCACCAUAGCGUCGGCGGAUCGUCUCCGGCCCCGCCGCCUCAUCGUGCUCUUGGCGCCGACGGCGUUGCAAGUGGCGGCACCGUGGCCGCCGCGGCGGGAAGGAAAGGGCUCGGUUCGCCGUUAGGCUGAGUAGUACUACUAGUAUGCAGUGUGUGUCCACGUCCAGACGUCCUUCCACAUAGGUUCUCGUGGGUCCUGCCACGCUUGUUGCGAAGCUUGAAGGCGAGUGGAUUCUCUGCGUUUUGUUCGUGUAACCAAAUCGAGUUGCCUAUUGCUAA